AAUUGUAUAAUAGUGAAUAGCUAUCGUGCACGCAAACUUUUACCGAUUGAAAUUUGUGACGUUUUCCCGGAAGUAGACUUUCUCUAUGAUUAUAUAUAAUGUAGUUUUGACACUUACGGCUUGCCAUUAAGGAACAGGUGACUUGCUUUUCAAGAGAUUAGCGUUUUAAAGUAAUUUGAGGAUGGAAGAGAUGUCAAUAUUGAGAGCCAUCACUGAACUGAAUAUAAGCCGAACAAUCAAGGGGGUGCGCUGUAUCGUUCGCUUUCCUGAGGGUGUUUCAAGCCUGUUUGAUGCAUUCUCAACACACUUAGAUAAGCAAAUAUCAAUUCCCGGGCUUUUUCGGUUGUUUGAGCUAGCGGAAGGCAUCAGCAUCAGGGCCUUACAAGACGACCCGAAUACCUUCCUGGAUCACAAACCUAUGUUUGCUGAUAAAUUUGUAUACGCUGGUUCAUGCAAACUAGAAAUUCAUCAAAGUCUUUACGUUUCGGCUUACUUCCAUCUUCCAUUUGAUGUCUUUUCCACAUUGGAUUACGUUGGGAAAAGUUCGUAUUGUAAAGUACAAGAAAUAUGUCAAAGAGACAAUUCGCAGUGGUUUGCUAGACUGAGUCUGCAGAACAUUAUGGUCGAUCCGGUUACCAGAAAACCUCUAGAGCUCCCUGCUUCUUGGCGAAAAAAGUAUGGAUCAAUGUGUACUGGUUCACCGUUUGUUAUGGAAAAACUAAACCGCCCAGACGCGUGCAUGGCUGUAGACCACUACAAGAUUCAGGCAUCGGAUAUUGACAUCCAAAACCACACCAACUGGGUCGUUUAUGUUCAAAUUUGUAUGAAUGCUUGCAGAAAAGGUUUCAACAAAGAACUAUUUAGCAAACCUUUAAUUCAGAACAGUAAAAAUGGGUUGAAGGAGUUCCAGAUAAGAUACGUAAACGAGGCUUUGGUGGAUGAAGAGGUCGUAGUUCACGCUUGGGAGACUUCGAGUAGAGAUGAUCAACUAUGUUUUGAGCUGACUAGGGGAUCCGAUGUGUGUAUUCAAGCAACCAUUGCAUUUCAUCAGUUUUCUGUUAAAAGCGCAAACACUGAAUCAAUUAAAUCAAAGAUUUGACACAGUUUCGAGUAUUUAAUGAAAUGCACGUAUGAAACUUACUUCAUUCUACCCCGCCAAAUAAAUGAUCUACACCAUACGCUAUAUAGUACAUAUACUGGUGUAGCACAAAACCUUUUUAGCUCACCGAGACGAAGUCAGGGGGAGCUUAUGCUAUACCCUCGGCGUCGGCGUCCGGACCUGGUUAAAGUUUUUGUUGCAGGUCCUGUAUCUAAGCUAUUACUUGUCCUAUCUUCACCAAACUUGCAUGGAUGAUGCAUCUGGACCUACUUAUGGACUUGAAAGACUUGUAUGCUGAAUCUGAGUCCUAAAUUUCAGAUGCUGGAGGAGGUUAAGGUUGUUGGACCAGGUUAAAGUUUUUGUUGCAGGUGCCCUCUGAUAGCAAUAUCUAAGUUACUGCAGGUCCGUACUUCACCAAACUUGCAUGGAUGGUGUGUCUUAUGAUACUGAUGCACCAGACAGGCUUGAGUGCUGAAUCUAAGCUAAAGGUUUCGGAUGCUGGAGGAGGUAAAGGUUUUUGGAGCAGGUUAAAGUUUUUGUUGCAGGUGCCCUUUGAUAGCAAUAUCUAAGUUACUGCUGGUCCGCACUUCACCAGACCUGCAUGGAUGGUGUGUCUUAUGAUACUGAUGCACCUGACAAGCUUGAUCGCUGAAUCUGAGCUAAAGGUUUCGGAUGCUGGAGGGGGUUAAGGUUUUUAGAGCUGGUUAAAGUUUUUGUUGCAGGUGCCCUCUGAUGAUUAUAUCUUAGUUACUACUUGUCCUAACUUCACCAGACUUCCACGGAUGGUGUGUCUUAUGAUACUGAUGCACCAGACAGGCUUGACUGCUGAAUCUGAGCUAAAGGUUUCGGAUGCUGGAGGAGGUUAAGGUUUUUGGAGCUGGUUAAAGUUUUUGUUGCAGGUGCCCUCUGAUGAUUAUAUCUUAGUUACUACUUGUCCUAGCUUCACCAGACUUCCAUGGAUGGUGCGUCUUAUGAUAUUAAUGCACCAGACAGGCUUGAAUGCUGAAUCUGAGCCAUAGGUUUCGGAUGCUGGAGGAGUUUAAGGUUUUUAGAGUUGGUUAAAGUUUUUGAAACAGGUGCCCUUUGAUAGCAAUAUCUAAGUUACUGCUGGUCCGUACUUCACCAAACUUGCAUGGAUGGUGCGUCUUAUGAUACUGAUGCACCUGACAGGCUUGAAUGCUGAAUCUGAGCUAAAGGUUUCAGAUGCUGGAUAUGGUGAAGUUUUUUGGAACAGGUCACAUGUUUAAUAGAUAAUAGUACUAUUUCAAACUUGCAUAGUUGUUUAAACUGUAAUAUGAAUGAAUCACAGAGGAAGCUUCAGAUGCAGAGCUUGAUCUCCAUUAUCAAGGAUGCUAAAAAAUAUAUCUGAGUUAUUACAGGUCCUAACUUCACCAAACUUGAAUGGAUGGUGUGUCUUAUGAUACAGAUGCACCUGACAGGCAUGGAUGUUGAAUCUGAGCCAAAGGUUGCGGAUGCUGGAGCAGGUUAAGGUUUUAAUUGCUAGUGCCCUCUGAUGAUGAUAUCUUAGUUAUUACUGGUCUGAACUUCACCAAACGUGCAUGGAGAUGCGUCUUAUGUAUACUGAUGCACCUGACAGGCUUGAAUGCUGAAUCUGAGCCAUAUGUUUCGGAUGCUGGAUGAGGUUUAGUUUUUUUAACAGGUCACAUGUUUUAUAGAUGAUAGCUUGCAUAGUUGAUUUAACUAUAUUAUA